UUUUCUUAAAGGAGGCCAUGUUGGCAACUGCUGCAUUAUGCGUUACCAAGGUGACCAAACAAUGCCGAAACUCGCGAGUGUGACCAUUUGUUACGGACCUUAUGAGUCCAGUGGAGUCGUAAAACACCGGACCUUUCGUCUGCAGGGUCUCCAGGGUAUGUUUCCUCGCUGCUGUCUGUCUUUUAUGGUGACCGUAAGACAUGAUGUCAAACACUGUUCAAUACGUCCGCAGCUGCUCUGAGAGCACGUGGGCACCAGUGCCUCUUGGAAGAAACGCACGAGUGGAACAUGGUGGAGCUCGUGGUUCACGGGGAUGUGGUCUUCAGGGUUGAUAUAAAGCAGCUGGAGUUUGGUGAGUUUCGCUAGCUUUACUUAUGCUGUUGUUAUUAGGGUUGCAAAAUUCCGGCAAUUUUCAACUUUGGAAACUUUCCUUGGGAAUUAACGAGAAUAUAUAGGAAAUUAACGGGAAUAUAUGAGAAUUAACGGGAAUAAAUCUGAAAUUUACAAAAUUGAAGGUUGGCCCUCAACAGGGAACUUAAAUAUAGUUGGGGAAAAUAUAUUGUAGCAUAAUCUUGGCUACAACAACCAGAUUUAAUGGAAGUACACUCCUCAAUCACAUGAACACAGCACACUGAAUACUGCAGGGCUAUUGAGGCCACACCCCCUACAUGCACUGUGCAUUUCUCCAUCACAUGCACAGAUGAUUUCUUGAACCCUGGAGGCCACAAUAGUGAUGGGCACAGCAGUUUUUUUAGAUGUACUGAAUCACUAGAAUCAGUUCACUAAAAAGAUUCGUUCAAAAGAUUCAUUCAACAAAUCACAGAAUCAAUCAGCGCUUGGCAGGAGGAGCCUGUGACUCCGACCUCCUGAACUGAUACACAGCUAGAAAUUUACAAAAAAUUUUCCGCCCCUUUGCAACCCUAGUUGUUACUGAAAGGUAACAGCUGAGAAACCUACAGUUAGAUUUGCUUUUACGUUUCCAGGUGGAGAUGGAAAACUAGAUCCUGUUUGCUCAGAAGCUGUUGAUGCUGUGGAGAAAGCAUACUGAAGAUACAACCUCACCACACAACGUUUUUUAUUUGAAAUACUACUAAAGACCCAUGUCCAAUGUAUUUUCCUCUAUGACAGCCCAGUUUAUUGAGGUCAUUACUCUGUAAAUACAGGCUCUGUGUUAUAAGAUUGUAGACAUUACUUCAUGGAAUAAAAGGUGUGUUGUUGAGCAUAGAUUUUAACAGCACAACCUUUAAUA